UUAAUUGCAACAAGGCCUCCCAGGAGCCACUUUGGCAAAACGAGGAGAGAGAACGAGUAUGGCAUGCUCCAUGAUAUCAACAACACCUGGAAUGCGUGCUGAGGUUGGUGUUUUGAGAUGAGACAUACAAAAUUAAGAGCCUUGCCAGGUUCCCAGCGUUUCGAUGUUGAGAUGAGACCAGACGAAAAUCCGUCUGAACUUCACCACGAACAGCUUAAUUUCGACACCUCUAUGAUCUAUCACCCUACAAUCAUCAGGUCUAAGGUGUCAAGUGUUUCUUAUUCGACUGGCGGAGCUUCACGACGCCAACCAGAGACGAUCUGCAAGCUGCCAUUGUCCAAUCUAAGCACCCGAUCCAAGAUACGGACAUUCGUCCGUAUAAUUGCAAGCCUGUGCAUACACUACACCUAGAGCCCCAUGCGGGUAUGAGGCGUUUGGCGGCCACUCGGCAAUAGUAGAGGGCAUUGGUACGCAGAAUGGCGAUAUGCGUAGGCUACCUUGGACAGCGGCAUAUGCGAAGGUGGAAUUCCCAUAUCUAGUUGGAGGGCAGCAUUC